AGACGCUGCGGGCAGGAAGGAAGUCACCAUGGGGACUUUUUGACACUCGCAGCCACCUACGCAGCCCAAAAAGUGCAGCAGCCCCACCCAGGACAGAAAACACAGCACCAGCAAGGCCACCGGGACAGCACAGCGCCCGCCAUGGCCCCGCUGGGUGAGGAGACGCCGCUGAUCGGCGAGCGCUCCUGCAGUCUGUCCUCCUCGGAGCCCGGCACGCUGCAGGUGUUCCUCUACCACCGGGCACCCCAUGCUGCCCCCGACUCCACCGCCAUCCUCACCUUCACCUUCGGCGAAUACACGGCCGAGGAGCUGUGUGUGCGCGCUGCCAAGGCCUGCGGCGUGCUGCCCAUCUGCCAUCCUCUCUUCGCUUUGGCCACGGAGGAUCUCAGCUGCUGGUACCCCCCCAACCACCUCUUCACAGUGGAGGAUGCCCGCAGCCAGGUGGUGGUGUAUAGGAUCAGGUUCUUCUUCCCCAAUUGGUGUGGGCUGGGCCAGGCGCAUCGCUUCCAGCUGCCCAGCGACCGCCCCAGCCCCGUGCUGGAUUACCCCGUCAUCGAUUACCUGUUUGCCCAGUCUCGCAGUGACUUCAUUGCGGGGCGCAUGGAGCUGGCACUGAGCCUGGCGGAGCAGGAGGAGUGCCUGAGCCUGGCGGUGCUGGACAUGCUGCGCAUCGCCAAGGAGAAGUGGCAGAGCCCCGAGCAGGUCUUCAGCUGCGUCAGCUACAAGUCCUGCAUCCCGGAGCCGCUGCGGUGUCAGAUCCAACAGCACAGCUUCCUCACCCGCAAGCGCAUCCGCCGCCGCGUCGCGCAGUCCCUGCGCAGGAUGGGGGGCUGCAGGGCGGAUGGGCGCUGCCUGAAGCUGAAAUACCUGCUGGACCUGGAACGGCUGCGGCGCUGCUGGGCUGAGGAGAGCUUCCGUGCACGCGGCCCCGACGCCGACAUCACCAUCCACGUGUCUGCAGACAGCGGGGUCUCCUGGAGCUGCGGCGGAUCUGAGAGCCGCCAGCACUUCUGUGACUUCCCCGACAUCGCCGACGUCAGCAUCAAGCAGGCGAGCCGUGAUGGUGGCCCCGUGGAGAACCGCGUCGUCACCCUCACCAAGACAGACAACAGGGUGCUGGAGGUGGAGUUCCCCACGCUGCGGGAAGCUCUCUCCUUCGUGGCCCUGCUGGAUGGUUACUACCGCCUGACUGCAGAUGCCCACCACUACUUCUGCAAGGAGGUGGCCCCCCCCCGGCUGCUGGAAGACAUGGAGAACCAAUGCCAUGGGCCCAUCAGCUCUGAGUUUGCUGUGCGUAAGCUGAAGGCGGCGGGGGCCCAGCCAGGGCUGUUUGUGCUGCGCCGCAGCCCCCAGGACUUCGACAGCUUUCUGCUGACCGUGUGCACCGAGACACGCUCCGGGCAGGACUUCAAACGCUGCUUGAUCCGCAGGGAUGAGGAUGGCAGCUUCUGGCUGACAGGGCUGGCAAGGCGCUUCUGCAGCCUGCAGGAGCUGCUGGGCACCUAUGGGCGCUGCGGGCUGCAGGCUGAGGGUGCUCACCUGCGCCUGGAGACGUGCUGCCCACCUCUGCCCAGAGAGAAAUCCAACCUGCUGAUCGUGCGCAGCGGCCGCCCGCGGCCCCCCAGCUCCCCUCCCGCCCCGCGCCGCAGCCCCAGCCAGCUGACAUUCCAUAAGAUCGACCCUGAGAGCCUCAUACGGGGCGAGAGCCUGGGGCAGGGUUCCUUCACCCACAUCUACAAGGGCAUCAAGAGGGACCAGAAGGAUGACGAGUUCUACCAGACCCCCGUGGUGCUCAAGGUGAUGGACAGCAGCCACCGCAACUGCUCCGAGUCCUUCCUGGAGGCCGCCAGCAUCAUGAGCCAGCUGUCCCACAAGCACCUGGUGCUGCUGCACGGCGUCAGCCUCGGCAAGGACAGCAUCAUGGUGCAGGAGUACAUCAGGCACGGGCCCCUGGACCUCUACCUGAAAAAGAACCACAGCGAGGGCAAGGUGACGACCAGCUGGAAGCUGCAGGUGGCCAAGCAGCUGGGAUACGCUCUCAACUACUUGGAGGACAAGAAAAUCACCCACGGCAACGUUUCUGCUAAGAAGGUGCUGCUGACCCGGGAGGGGGACGCGGCCAGCGGCAGCCCCCCCUUCAUCAAACUCAGCGACCCUGGAGUCAGCAUCACCGUCCUGGCCAAGGAGUUGCUGGUGGAGCGCAUCCCUUGGGUGGCCCCCGAGUGCCUGAGUGACCCCCAGAGCCUGGCGCUGCCAGCCGACAAGUGGAGCUUCGGGGCGACCCUGUGGGAGAUCUUCAGUGGGGGCAACAUGCCUGUCAGCCUGCUGGAGCCACAGAAGAAGCUGCAGUUCUACGAGAGCCGCCAGCAGCUGCCCGCCCCGCGCUGGAGCGAGCUGGCUGCGCUGAUCGCGCACUGCAUGCACUACGAGCCCAGCAGGCGGCCCUGCUUCCGCGCCAUCAUCCGCGACAUCAACAGCCUCAUUUCCUCCGACUAUGAGCUGCUCUCAGAGCUGUCACCCACCGACGUGACGCUGCGGGAGAGCUUCUGGGGCUACGAACACGUGGCGGCGGGGCGCAGCCCUGCGCUGUUCGAGGAGCGGCACCUCAAGUACAUCUCACUGCUGGGCAAGGGCAACUUUGGGAGCGUGGAGCUGUGCCGCUACGAUCCGCUGGGUGACAGCACGGGGGAGCUGGUGGCGGUGAAGAAGCUGCAGCAGGACUCGGCCAAGGAGCUGCAGGACUUCGAGAGGGAGAUCCAAAUCCUGCACUCGCUGCAGCACGACUUCAUCGUCAAGUACCGGGGCGUUUGCUACAGCCGUGGGCGCCGGGGGCUGCGGUUGGUGAUGGAGUACCUGCCUGACGGCUGCCUGCGGGAUUACCUGCAGAAGAACCAGCACCGCCUUGAGCACCGCACGCUGCUGCUCUACGCCUGGCAGAUCUGCAAGGGCAUGGAGUACCUGGGGGCCCAGCGCUGCGUGCACCGCGACCUGGCCAGCAGGAACAUCCUGGUGGAGAGUGAGAGCCAUGUGAAGAUCGGUGACUUCGGGCUGGCCAAGCUGCUGCCACAGGACAAGGACUAUUAUGUGGUGCAGGAGCCUGGGCAGAGCCCCGUGUUCUGGUACGCACCUGAGUCGCUGGCUGACAACGUCUUCUCCCGAGCGUCCGACGUGUGGAGCUUCGGGGUGCUGCUCUAUGAGCUCUUCACCUACAGCAACAAGAGCAGGAGCCCCUCGGAGGAGUUCCUCCGCAUGAUGGGCCCUGAGAAACCAGCACAGAUCAUCUGCCAUUUGCUGGAGCUGCUGAAGGACUCCAGGAGGCUCCCGGUGCCCCCAGGCUGCCCCACGGAGGUGUAUGCGGCGAUGCUGAGCUGCUGGGCAUUCGCCCCCAGUGCCAGACCCACCUUCAGCGAGCUGGCAGUCAGAGUCGAGGCACUGAGGGAUGGCCGUGGCACCACCCGUGGGUAGGGGGUGCCUGGACCCCCCCCCCCCUGCAGCCCCCAGACCCUCCAGCAUGAGACAUGACAGACAGAUCAAUGAACACAGCAACGCUUCAAUGUGUUUUAACUGCUAUGGUUGUGCUGCUGUGACUUCCCUUCUCAUUGCCCCCUCUUUUGUAAUCAGGUUUGACCGAUUUCAAGUAAACGGUGGUGGAAUUUG